GGCUCAAUAGCGCCUCGCACGUUGGCCGCGCAACAACACGUCGCGUCUGCUAUUGUGAACCGCUGAAAGUGCUCAAAUUUGGCCGUUAACGCCGGCGUGCGAAACGCGUCGAUUGCGAUCCGCAGUUUUGAUUUGGAUUUUAGCCCACCGUCGGCAGUCUGCUUAGCAUUGUGUCCACACACACACACACACAGACAUACACACAUAUAUAUAUCCACAAGCAUAUUAAGUGCUUGAGAACGUUCUUUGUGAAUUCCGAAUUCCGAAUUUUUUUUUUUUUUUUUUUGGUUUUUUGUUUUUGUUUGCGCCGUUUGUUGUGGUCGAAGUUUUCGCCUGAUGGCCGCUCGGGGAUUCCAAAGCCAAGUACAGUGAGUGCGCGAGUGCGUGAGUGUGUGUAAGCGAGUGUGCGUGUGCGUGUGCGUGCGCUCGUGUGUCUGUGUGUGUUUGACAAUAAUACAAACCCAAUAACAGCGAUACCAAUAGCAAAAGCAACAACAACAACAACAACAUACAUUAAAUCGCAGUCAUCAUCGCUCUUGGCUGCUGCCGCGUUAUUUCCGCUUCCGCUGGCCGCUUCGCUCCUUGCACUUAUCCUGCAAUUACUUAAAGAACUCAACUCAACUCAGCUUAACUCAACUCAGCUCAACUCGGAGCCGGCAGCCAGAAGACGGAAGUGGCAGCGGUUGCACCAUGCCCGCUCGCACAAUGCCCAAACGGCGGACGCCGCUGCUUGCCCCGCUGCCCGCGCCGUCGGCGGCGCUGCUGUUGCUGCUGCUGCAGCUGGCUCUAUUCGCGGGCCCAGCUCAGCCCGACAAGACGAACGGAAAUGAUGCGAUUUCCGUUGCCGCGAACGCCGCCAGCGGCCAUCGUCAUAUCCACUCAGCGGCGCCGUCACUCACACUGAUGAAACGUGACGCCAGCAGCGAGGAGGAACGCUCUGCUGCAGCAACCAAUGUGCAGCAGCAGCAGCAGCAGCAGCAGCGCUUGGAUUUCUCUGCCUAUGUGAAUGAUUUUAAUUUGCAAGCUGAGGCCAGCAUACCGGAGGACAUAUUUGACCAACAUGAUGCCGACAUUGGCGAAGAUGCGGCUGCCCAGAUGCAAUAUGCUGAGCCUGCGGAUGACGAGGCUGACGAGUACGAGGCAGCGGAUAUUAUACUUGAGUCUCAAAGGCCCACUUCAAGGAAUUUCACUGUUUACCUAGCCAAAGAUGGCAAGACAGUCAAGAAAAAAUACCAUAACAACAACAAUGGCAACAAUAGCAACAACAACAAUAAAAACCACUACAGCUACAAAUUGAAAAACAAUAAGGAGAGCAUGCCGACGAAGAGAGUUGCCAAUGAAGAGGAAGCAGCUACAAAAUCCACUUCCGGUGACGACAACGACAGUGCCAAGGACAACAACGGCAAGAAGAACGAUGAAGUCGACAGCGACAACGAGCGGAAUGGGAAUGGCUAUGGCUAUGGCUAUGGGUAUAGCAAUGGCAAUGAGAAUGGCGCUGGCGCUGGCGCUGGCACUGGCUACGGAGAUGAGGACACGGGCGAGGACAAUGCGGAGGAUGGGAAGCCAAACGCGAACUUUGACAGCAAAAGUUUUGCGUAUAAAAAAUUUAAGAACAUGCACGAACAGCAAAAUCAACAGAGCCAAAAGGAGCAACAGCAGCAGACGAAGCAGCAGCAGCAGCAGCAGCAUCAACAGGAGCAGGCAAAUGCCAAUGGACCGGCUCGCCAGCAGGAGCAGCAGGAGAGGAAUGCUGCACGGCAAUGGCAACGUGAGCAGCAGCAGCAGCCGGCUGUGGAGCAGCUGUUUGAUUCUAUUGAAAUAUUAAAUGAACGAAAAUUUAAUAAAGCGCUCGGCCAAUCAACGUUGCUAGCCGCAGAGGACGUCGCUGGCGAGGACAUUAUGGCAAUCGGCGAUAUUGAGGACAAUUUUGGUAAUGAUAAAGUAUUGGCGGAAAACAUUAAGUCCGCAAUUGACAAUGAUGAAUCAGCGGUGUCCAAGGAGAUGAUAAUGUCGCCAGCAGAGACCAGCACCACAGCCACGCCCUCCGCCAGCACCAGCACGAGCACCACCCCAACCACCAGCAGCACCAGCACCACACCGGCGACAACAACAACCCAGGCAGCUACAGCACCAGCAGCACCCUCUGGCAGCUCCAGUCGGCGCGAUCUGCUGGCGCCCAUCGGCCGCAAGCCGAAACGACAUGGCAAUGGCCACAGCGCCAUGUCCUGGCCCGGCAGCAGAAGCUACGAGAAGAAGAAUUACGGCAUAGGCCGCCUUCAUGCCGCUGACUUUGAGCUGAACGCCGAAGACGUGGGCGAGCUGCACUACUACGACGGGGAGCAGCAUUCGCGUGGCUCGGAUGACGGUGCUGGUAAGACGGAGACCAACUACUUGAGUAGCUAUUUGGGCCAUAUGGUAAAUGGAACCAAGCAACAGCAACACCAGCAGAAGAAAGAACAGAAGCAGCCGCAACUGCAGGAGCAGCAGGAGCAACGUUUUCUAGAUGACGUCGAGCAGCAGGGGGAGCAGCGGACGUCGCAACUUGAAUUGGAAUCUACAUUGCGUUAUCAGCCGGAUGCUACGACAGCGUCGCCGUCGGCCUUUGAGCGCUUUAAGGCGCUGCGGCGCAGCAGUCGCCGGAACGGCCACAAGAGCCACAAGAAGCGCUACAAGGACUAUCUGAAGCACAGCAGCGCGCUGUCGGUCAAGCAGCGCAAGGAUCGGGAGCAGCACGCGCAGAAGUGGCAUCAGCAACGGCAGCUGGCUGAGAAGCAGGAGCGGGAGCAGGAAAAGGAACGGGAACGGGAACAGCAGAAGCAGCAGCAGCAGCAGGAGCAGCAGCAGGAGAAGCAGCGUGAACGAACUGAACAGGAAACCCACGCCCAUGCAUCGCCAAUCUUUGCGCUGGGCGUACGGCCGCAGCGCAACACACCGAAACCGUUCUACGAGGGCCAAGUGAACUACUACGACCAUCAGGAGGAGCAGCCGCUGCAGCCCCUGGGCACUCACCACACCGAAAUGGAGCGUCUGAUUGCCAGCGAUAAUGACAAUUGGUAUCGCCGCAUCAGUCCAGUGUUGCGCAACGGCAUCAAAAGCACUGAGAUGCAUAAGCAGCACCAGCAGCAGCAUCAGGCCAAUCAUCAUCAUCAUCUGAAGCAUCAUUAUCAUCAGCACCAUCACCAUAAGCAUGCACGCCAACGUCUACCGAAUCCGUAUCAGCGCAAGGCCCCAGCUCAGCUAGCGACGCCGCCGACAACGCCACAGCCGCCGCUGCCGCCACCGAAGCCGCAGUUGGGCCACCAGAUCACCGAACUAGAGCAACUGGAGCGCUACUAUGCCAAGUGGCCGCAUCUAGCACGCGUUCAGUUCCAGGUGUACGACGAGCACUACCGCGAAGCUCACCCGGAACUCUAUGGCGACUACGAUGCGGACGACGAUUACGAGACGGCUGCCGAGCUGGAGGAGGCGCAGCAGGAUCAUGGCGCGGAGGCCAAUCUGCCGCCGUACAUCAAGAAGUACAACCGACGCAACAAGCAGCUGCUGAACCUGCUGGAGGGCACGCUGCCGCCACCGACGGCCACACCGUUCCCGGGCAUCUGGAGCGGCUCACAGCUGCAGCCGGGCCCGCAUGAGUCGGCGCCCAUACGAGUGGACGAUGACUACGUGAAGCAGAAGCGACGUCGCUAUCAGCAGCGCUACGAGGACGUCUUUGCCCAGCAGCACAGCAGCAGCAGCAGCAGCGGCGUCGGCAGCGGCAGCGGCAGCCCCACCACGACUCCAGCCACGCUGUCCAGCAGCCCGGCGUCGCAGCUAAACCAGCUGCCCGAGGAGGACAAGCAAUUGGAUGAGCAUCAGCUGACGGCUGCCGUUGAUUUCUGGCAGAGGGAAGUCGAAACGAAGGCUGGGUCCAAGCCGCCGUCGCCGCACACAUCCACCUCGAAGCCGGCCCUGUACAAGCUGCCACUGUACCCGGCCAUCGCGGGCAGCUUCCUGGGCACGCCGCGCAGUCGCAGCGCCCAGUUCGUGGCGAAUGUGUCGGGCCGUGGGCAAGGCAGCUGGCAUCCUGCUGCUCCGGCAGCUCCGCUCGGCGCUAACAACCAUGUGGAUGCCCAUAAUGCGACAGCUCCACCGUUUUCGCCACUCAACUCGUUUGUCUAUCAUCGCGUGGUCGACGGCAUUGGGGCUGCCUCCUCGCUCUCCUCGUCCUCGCUCAGCCGCAAGCAGCGUCUGCCCUUUGUGGCCAUCACGGAUCGGCGGCUGGAAAGCGUCGGCGCGCACAAGUUGGCCGGAGAGCAGCACAAGGAGCUCGAGCAGAAUCACUUUCCAAUGCCUUAAGCCGCUCCAACAACACGAUCACGCUCAGCGCAAGUAGAAGAAGAAGAAGAACAGCAGAAAAAAACAAAAAUAAGAAAAGCAAAUGAUGGAAAACUAGUUCGAACCCAAGCGAAGCGCGUGGAAAUGGAAUCGAAUUCAAUUAAGUUCGUGUACAAGCAUAUCAAAUUUAAGAGUGGAGUAGUGGAAGGGAAUCGGGAAGAACGGAUUCAAAAAGAUGAUAUCUAGAAUUAAGGGCGGAAUGAAAAGAGCAGACAAUGAAGAAACCAGAAGCAAUUCAGACCGAUGAAUGCGACAGAGCAGCAGCAGUGUAUAAAGAUAUCGGUAAUCGAGCGCAAUUAAUCGAUAACAAACGAAUUCGCACGUAUAUCAACGUUACGUUUCGACGUGGUUCCAAACGGAUUUCCUUUGCUUACCAAACUUAAGCCUAAACAUCAAUUUUGAGUAGUUGCUUUCGAAUAAAAGUCUUAAGUUUCGAGCUAUGAGAAACGAGCACUAGCUGUAAUUGGUUGUUUUUUGUUAAUUUUAAUUUUAAUUUUUUUUUUUUAUAAGAACUCUUGCAUAUUAAACAUAAACGGCAGACGUUAUAGGCAAUUAAAAAUAAAAUAAUAAUAAUAAUAAUAAUAAUAAUAAUAAUAUUAAAAAAAGAAAAAAAUAUUGAAAAAAAAAAAUCGAAAUAUAAGCUAAGAUUUUUUUUUGUGUAUGAUAGUAACUGACACAAACAACCAGAAGAAUCGCCACAGUAGAGACGCAAUUACCCCACACACACACACAUAUAUACACACACAGUAAAAUAAUUGUAGGCAUAAUAUAUAUAAACUUAAAGAGCCUGAAUGUAUGCAACACAAUUUAUUCGUUCGACAAAGCUGGCGAUAAGAAUGAGCGAAUACAUAUACAUGUAAUACUCAUAAUGCCAGACACUGAUUUGAUUUUGUAAUUUGGCUUUGAUUGUAGCGUGAAUAAAAUUGCUUUUUUUAUCCAGCGACUAAAACUUGUUUCAACAGUUCGAACAUUUUUCAGUGCACGCAGCAUCAAAUAGGUUUCAAAAUUAAUUCAAAAGCAAAGAAACAUCAAAAGAAAAGGAACAUUUAAAAGAAUAAAAAAAAAAUAUUUAAGAAAAAAAAAACAAUUUAAGAAACGAAUAUAUUUAAUCACUAACGUUGUAUUGAAUGUACAUAGUAUAUGUAUUGUAGAAUCACAAAAAAAAAAAAAAAAAAAAAAAAAAAAAAGAAGCAGUAAACAAGUAAAGGCUACUUAUUUAAUAAACCAUUUGAAAUGUAAAAUCUAUUUAGUUGGCUUCAACACACAACACAAAUAAAAACAAAACAGAUAUGCAAAUUAAAAUAAAAAAUAAUUAAAUCAAUAAAAUUGACAUAAAUGUUAUAUAUUUAUAUGGUUAUAAUGCUUUCAAGGUAGGCAGGCUGGAUCACGAAUGAUACGACUCGUACUUUAGUUUCAAUAAACAAAGUUCAGUUUUGGUUGCGGUAAGUUUUUGGUUGUAUAGAAAUAUUAAAUAUACGAAUUUGUUCAUUUGAAUUUCAACUUCUUAAUUAUCAGUGUCUGCUAUACAUAUAAAGAAUUAUUAAUCAGACUAGAGUAUAUAUUAAGCAAAUUUUGAACUGUUAACCGCGAUAACCGUUAACCGUUUUACUGCUCACCGUGCACACUCUGCUGGCGAAAUCAAACGAGAAAUAUCAUACUCACUCCCUCUCGCUCAAAGCAAGAGACUUCGAUUUCGUUUCGUUUUUAUUUUCUGUUGAGCGCCUUGAGUGGAACUAUGCGUGUGACGCUCUCCUAACAUCGUUGAGGAUACGAUUGGCGCACGCACAAUGAGACACAGUGCAAAUAGAUCAAGAAGUCAAUGCGAUUGGUCUUCACACUCACAUACACAUCACACAUUCAAUUCACGUACGCUAUUUAUGUGCUUAGGGAGCAUAGAUUUAACAUGCAUACCAAUACAUACACAAAUGACUCUUUGCUUCAUUUCACUCAGCCAAACGGUUGGGGAACAGCCAGAGCGAAACAACAACAGAAACGGUUAUUAACCGAUCGCGAACGAAGUCGCUGAUGAGCCGAUGCAAUCGGCAGCUCUCUGAGUGUUUUUUCAGAGUUGGGGUGAAAGCCACUAAUAAGUACUGCAUAUUAUGCAGACAUUGAGAAGCGGUUAACAGUGAGCCAUGUAAUCUUUUUUUUUUUUUUAAACUGUUUAACAUAUGCAGAACUUUAUUAUGUGACCACGUUAAUUUUUUCGCUGUA